AAAGAAGAUUUCUCAUUUCGCGGCCCAGUUGGUCUCUGUCUCCGUCAAGCGCCAAAUACCGCCAAAGAGCUCUUUUUCGGCAGAGAGUCCGAGCUUAAUGACAUGAAACCCCAUUUUGACGAACAGAAUGCGCCGUGUCUAGUUCUCGGUGGGAUAGGUGGCGUUGGCAAGAGUCGACUAGCUAUCGCUUACGCAGAAUCCACGGCGUCCACGGGAUUGCCAGUCUUAUCUUCGGAGUCCAAGAUUCCAGAGUCCUUGAUGGUAAAUAUAUUGUUGAACGUCCAAUUUGACAUCAGUGAUUAUUAUCCAGUUACCUCGUCUGGAGCUAUCAUAGUCACUACUCGACAACCAGAGUGCAUUCCUGGGAAGAUUCGAAUUAUUCAUAUAGGAGCUUUCCAAAACAUCGAGGAUAGCCUCCUAGUGCUUCAAACCCGCUCGGAACGACAGAAUGUUCAGUCAGAUACCACAGAUAAAGGUGCAAAGCGCCUCGCGAAUCGGCUAAAAGGAUUUCCGCUUGCUUUGGCAACUGCUGGGACAUACCUCAAACGAAGUACUUUCAGCUUUCAGCGAUACUUGGAAGAGUAUGAGAAGCGCUGGAAUAUUGAUCCUCGACAUCCACCUGAGCUUCCAGAGUAUCGCGAGCGCACACUUUACACGACUUGGGAUUUGUCAUACGCUUUCCUAGAAGAGAAGGAGCCUCGUGCGGCAAAACUGCUCAAAUUGUUGGCCUAUUUCGAUAACCGAAAUCUUUGGUUUGAGUUUUUCCAUGGAGGACUAACCGAAAAGUCUCCCGAAUGGCUUCGUGAAACGGUUACCGGCGAGGUGUCCUUCCAAGGAGAGAUGAAAUCCAUUCAACAUCGAACUCAUGGAGCAUGCAUAACUGUGCACGACUGGACAAUGGCCGCGCUCAACAAGAAUAUCAACAUGGAGUAUUAUUACUAUGCUCUUGAUUGUGUUGAUGCAACCAUCAGCGAGAAUGAUGACACUUCGGGGGCUUCUUUGAUGAAUAUCACCUAUUCCCGCCCAGCUGGUUACGCAGCACGACUAGCACAUCACUGGUUCCUCGAAAGCGAUGCGAUCGAUGGCAUUACACUCAACCUAUACGAUCAGUACGAGAAGCUCUCUAAGGCAUCACAUCUACUCAAGCAGCAAGUUCAGUUUGCUGCUGCCAGUUAA